UACCGAAUUGGACAGCUGUACAUGAUAAGCAAGCAUAGCCAUGAGCAGAGUGACCGAGGGGAAGGUGUGGAAGUGGUGCAGAAUGAACCCUACGAAGAUCCAAACCAUGGCAAUGGCCAGCUAACAGAAAAACGGGUCUAUCUCAACAGCAAACUGCCUAGCUGGGCUAGAGCAGUUGUUCCCAAAAUAUUUUAUGUUACAGAGAAGGCUUGGAAUUAUUAUCCUUAUACGAUCACAGAAUACACAUGUUCAUUUUUGCCUAAAUUCUCCAUUCAUAUAGAGACAAAAUACGAGGACAACAAAGGAAGCAAUGACAGUAUUUUUGACAAAGAAGCUAAAGAUCUGGAGCGAGAAGUCUGCUUCAUUGAUAUUGCCAGCGAUGAAAUUCCUGAGCGCUAUUACAAGGAAUCGGAGGAUCCAAAAUAUUUCAAGUCACAGAAGACUGGGAGAGGCCAGUUAAAAGAAGGCUGGAGAGAGACCCAUCAGCCAAUUAUGUGUUCCUACAAACUCGUGACAGUGAAGUUUGAAGUCUGGGGCCUUCAGACCAGAGUAGAGCAGUUCGUACACAAGGUGGUCAGAGAUAUACUGCUGAUUGGUCACCGGCAGGCUUUUGCCUGGGUCGAUGAGUGGUACGAUAUGACUAUGGAUGAUGUUCGAGAAUACGAGAAAAAUAUGCAUGAAAAAACCAACAUUAAAGUUUGCAACCAACAUUCAUCUGCUGUGGAUGAAAUAGAGAGCCAUGCCAGAGCAAGAACAUGACAAUGGAUGAAGUCCGAGAGUUUGAACGAGCAACUCAGGAAGCUACCAACAAGAAGAUUGGGAUUUUCCCACCCGCAAUAUCCAUCUCCAACAUUUCCAUGCCUUCUUCCACCCGCAGUGCUCCAUCUAGUGCUCCAUCAACUCCUCUCUCCACAGAUGCUCCUGAAUUCCUAACAGUUCCCAAAGACCGGCCUCGGAAAAAGUCUGCUCCAGAAACUCUCACUCUUCCAGAUCCAGCGAAAAAAACCCUUUAAAUCAGCCCAGCAUGUUUCCUCCUGAUAAGCCAUGUCUGCCACAGCAAGUGACGUAACUCGGUUUCUACACAGGUCAUGGUGGUUUGUUGGUUGGUUUUUUUUCUCUUAAAAUUAUCCUGCUGGUGUGGAGAGAUUCCUCCUUUCCUCAGACCUGAUCCUUACAACCUUC